AUGACAUUCUCAAAACAAGUUAGCAUCUUUAUGUUCCUCUUCUGCUUCCCUCUCCUAAACGCCCCAGCAGCAAAACGUUGCUACAAUUCCUCAUGUGGAAACAGAAACGUCGACGUUCGUUUUCUUUUCUGGCUCUUCCCCAAGCAAUCUUCGACCUGUGGCCACACAAGAUUCAACAUUCUAUGCACCGAUCGCCACGAGACAGCAUUAAAGCUUCCCAACACGGAACUAUUCCUCGUCCGAGAUAUCGACUCUGAAAAACAGCUUAUCCGCCUCAACGACCCUAACAACCGCAUGGCCAGACGACUCCUCAGCUUCGACGCUUCAGGAUCUCCUUUCUCUCCUCUCCACCUUCUCAACCACACCAUCUUGACCUGUCCUAACGAGGACAUCAAAUCCUCCUCCCCUUACACACCCAUCAUUUGCCUUGGUAAUUCAACGUCCUCCUUCUUCGCCACUCGUUUUGAUCUCGCGAGUUCGAUGCCGUCCUCUUGUCAAGUCUUCAAGACAUUACUCCUUCCUGUUUCUUCACUAGUCGCUGUUCACCUCAACGAUCAAGAUCUCUGGCUGAAAUGGGACUCACCGAGUGGCAGAGAUUGUGAGGGUAGCCGUUCGUUAGGUGGGUUCAAAAACAAUACCACGCUCGAAGUCAAGUGGUUCAGUUCCUUCAAAUCUGGUUCGUUACCCAAUUUCUUCUCUCAUUCUUAA